AUGUCAGGUCACCAGGGGGGUAGUGUGCGCAGCAUUCGGACAUUUCAGUCCAGUGAGCAGUACCUGGAUGCCAUGAAGGAAGACUUGGCAGAAUGGCUGAAAGAGUUAUAUGGUUUGGAGAUUACAGUAGAUGACUUUUUUGAUGUCUUUGAGACUGGAACUGUACUCUGUCAGCAUGCCAACUAUGUGAGCGAUGUGGCAAAGGAAUUUGCAGCAGAAUAUCCUGCACUGGCACAAAAAAUCCAACUGCCAAAAUCAGGAGCCAAAUAUAACAGUUUAGCCCAACCAGGCACAUUUCUUGCCCGAGAUAAUGUAUCCAACUUCAUUCGAUGGUGCAGGAAGGAGAUGGACAUUAAAGAUGUUGUAAUGUUUGAGACAGAGGAUCUGGUACUGCGUAAAAAUGAAAAGAAUUUUGUCUUGUGUCUGCUUGAGCUUGCCCGUCGGGCCUCUCGCUUUGGCGUGAGUGCUCCCAUGCUAAUACAGAUGGAAGAACAGAUAGAAGAGGAGAUCCGAGAGGAGCUAGACUUGCCUCCAGAGGAAAUCCCACUUCCCAAACCCCAAAGAAAACCUUGUAACUUUAAGAACCUAGAUCAAAUGGUGCAGCACUUAGUGAGCAGGUGCACAUGCCCUGUGCAGUUUUCUAUGGUCAAAGUGUCAGAAGGAAAAUACAGGGUGGGAGAAUCAAACACCCUUAUUUUUGUCCGGAUUCUCCGUAACCAUGUAAUGGUAAGAGUAGGGGGAGGCUGGGAUACCUUGGAGCAUUAUCUGGACAAACAUGACCCCUGUCGCUGCACAUCCCUUUCACACAAAGCUAUAAAAUUGACAAGUCCACAGAAACAAGCUGCCCCUGUGCAUGAAAUCAAGACUCGUUUAACUCCAAGGUCAGACAAUCCCAACAAAUUUGAAACCACUUUAAUAGUAAGCAGAUCACAGAGUCCACUGCCCCCAGUGGAGUGGAGGACUUAUACACCUGCCAGCAGCAAAACUUCUUCAUUAUCUGCAUCUCCAGAGAGUGAGAAGGCUGGAGGAUUUAAAACCCCACACAUGCAAAAUGAUCACAAAAGGAUCAUAUCAACGAGGACUCAUGAGCGUCCAGCCACUCCUACCAGAAGACAACUAUUUGCUGAGGAGGGUCAACCUGGUCAUCAGCUUCCAUCCCCACAAUAUGGGCGAGAUAAGUUCCGAUUGUCUAUAUCAUCUUUGGGAAGUGAAGAAGAAAACUCAUGUGCUUCAGAAAUAUCCUCUGAAUCUCAGAAAGGUAGACAAACUGGGAAGACCUUCACUUUGAACUUAAAGGCACCACUAAUUAAAGAUGUACACCGUGUUCCAAUGCAGGCAGCAAAUAAUAAGGCAAAUUUAGUAGCAGAGAAAGACAGCCUGCAGAAUGCACCAAAUAUGAUUUCACAAUCUAACAAUCCUCAUGAAUCACGACCUAAAACACCUUCUCGGUUUAUUCGACCUCCCAGUCCUUCCAAGAUGAUUAAUCUAUCACAAAAUCAACGCAAUCAAGAAAUGGCGAGUUAUUCAAUCACUUCCACACGGUCUCCUUCCCCAACUAAGCAGCUGAACUACUCAAAGAAACCAGAAAUAGCAGCAAAGAAUAGUACCAAAUCCAUCCCAAUUUACAACAGGCCACCUACACCAAGCAGGAGCUUCCAUAGUGAGCCGCAGUACAGAGAUAGAAGUAAGUUUGUGGGAAGUGAAAACACAAUUCUUCAUAAUAAACUUAUAUCAACUAAAAGUAAUGAAUUAAAUGAUGAAAAACACUAUCAUUUAUCCUCAGGCAGGUUAACUCCAACAGUCCAUCUCAACAAGAAUGGAAUAGCACAAUUAGAGGAUAAGACGUUACAAUCAAGAAAUAAUAUUAACAAUUUAGAAACCCAAGAUAUUUCAGAAGCUGUGGAACGAGACUGUAUGUAUACACCAUUACCCAUUAAUCCAGAACAAGAAAAAGAAUUAUAUCGGAGUUUAGAAGAUGAAAUUUUAUCAAAUAUUAAGGUGCUGGAAGGAGAGUCUGAAGAAAACAACAACUCAGAAAACAGAGGCAUCACAUUGGGGCACAGUAUAGCAAGUGACUAUGCUGUUCAUGACACUAACCUACUAGACACUUCAGCAUCCACGAUGUCUUCAAUCUCAAAUACUUUGAGGACUCCAGAAGGGGAAGUAGGCGUACCCAGGAGUGGAGUCUACAUCAAUACCAAGUGGCAAUCUGGGACAAGCUUUGAUGAUGUCAUUACUGAACUUGCCAAUAACCGUGUAAAACUUAAUAGAGUUGAUGUGGAAAGCUGGAUUUCCAAAAUUCCUCCAAAAGUUGCUGUAGAAAAAAUUACAGAAACAAAUAACACAUCCAAACAUAAAAUAUAUGAAGUGAGAGAGCCAGCAGAAAUGAAAAGAUCUGUUGUUAAAAAACGAGUACCUUCUAUGGAUGUCAAGGGAGGCAAAGUCAAACAAUUACCAUCUCAAAGAGCUCGACAACUGGCAGCAGAGGCAAAAAAGAAAGCAUUAGAAACAGUAGCUAGCAAUAAGAUUGUAUCUACCAACUCUACAAAUGAAGACGCUAGCCUUGACCAAUCCAAAUUGCCACAAGGAUCAAAGCAAAAAAGGGCUCUGAAAAAGCCAGAAAGAGUGCCAUCAAUAUAUAAACUUAAACUAAGACCAAAAAUUCGCCCAAGAAGAGAUAACAGACCAGAAAAAAAGCCAUCCAAAAUACCAACCCCAGUUUCAUAUCGACAAGCACGAAACAAAGCAAAUGCCAAAGUUUCAGGGAGAAGUCCAAAGAGCAGUGGUACAAAUGUCGCUGGUGCAAGAAGUCGUAACACUUCGCUGAGUACGGCAGUCAGUACAGAGGAAGUGGAAAGUGAUGAGGAAUUAUCUGCUUCUCAACAAGAAUCUCAGAACAUACAAAAUCAUGGUGAAAACAACCCCACCAGAACGGAUGAGGAUGAAGAAUCAUGGGUCUAA